AGAUUUGAUUCCACGAUCCAAGAAAAUCGUAUUGGCAUAACAGAAUCAGUUGUGAGGAAUAUGAUACGAUAUGAUAUAUAGAAUUGUUAGCAAUUAAUAAGAGGAAGAAAGAAAGUGGGCGGAGAAAAUAAAGGCAUUGCAAUCGCGGCGGGCAUGAAGGAUGUCAAGGAGCAGCACACAGGCAUGUGCAGCUUGUAAGUACCAACGCAGGAAGUGCGGGUCCAACUGCAUUCUCGCACCUUAUUUUCCUCAUGAUCGCCAAAAACAGUUCCUUAAUGCCCAUCGUUUAUUCGGGGUUGGCAAGAUCACUAACAUGCUUAAGCCCCUCGAUCAGCAUCACAGAGACUUAGCCAUGAGCACCGUUAUCUACGAAUCCGACAUGCGCGCCCGUGACCCCAUUGGCGGUUGCUACAGGCUCGUCCUCCAAUUGCAAUCUCAGAUCGAUUACGCCACCCAAGAACUUCAUCUUCUUCUUCAACACCUUGCUUUCUUCAAAUCACACCCUCCUAAUUCUAAUUCUCCUGACAUCAUCAAUAAUGUCACUCCUCAGCCUCCUUACCCCCUUGAACAACAAAUUCCACAGGAGCAUCAACAGCAACAACAACAAUGCUUUAACUACAAUCUUCUGCAAGAUGAUAUCAAUAUGUGGACCAUUCAGAACGCUGUACCUCCUUUGUCACCCUUGUCCUUAGAGAAUGACAUCAAUCAAGAUCAAGAUCCUGUUGUUGAUUAUGGAUACGAUCAAAAGCCUGGUGUUCUUGAUCUGAUGGAUAAAAUAAAAUCAGAUGAUUCAAGUGCCCAAUAUUAAUCCACCAGUUUAUAGGUUUGUAUAUAAGUUUAUGUAUUGAUUUUUUAA